AUGACACUUCUUCCACCCAAGAUGAACGUUCCGGCGACGCCGGCGCUUGACGGUGUCGACAUCCACACUCUCUAUGACGUCAGUCAGGGAAGGGUCCUCGGUAAAGGGGGCUUCUCCGAGGUGUUGGCAGUGCGCCACAUCCCGACUGGCAAGAUACGCGCCUUGAAGGUGAUGACGCGCGCGUCGUUGGUCGGGAAGAAAGGUGAAAUGGUAGCACACGAGAAGGAGAUUCUACGCCGCACCUGCCACCCCGGCAUCAUCACGCUGUACGAGGCGGUCCAGACCUCUGACAAGGUGUACUUCGCCCUCGACCUCAUGAACGAAGACCUGUUUGAGUUUAUUGUGCGUAACAAGGCCAUCAAUGAGGAACUCUCGCGCGCCAUCAUGCACCAGCUGAUGUCUGGCAUUGCCUACUUGCAUGAGCAGAGUAUUGUGCACCGUGACAUUAAGCCAGAGAACAUCCUCAUCAACGUCGUCAUGAUGAACGACGAGGUCAAAAGCCAGGGCACCUCUUCCACGAGCACAGCCCACGAUGAUGCAGAGUCGCCGACGCACGUGGAGGGACUUCAGGUGAUGACCGACGUUAACAGCUUUCCGCUGGACAAGCUGAAUGUGGAAGUGAAGAUCGCGGACUUUGGUCUUGCCAAGGUUGUCAUGGAGUGGGACGUGCGCAGUACUCCAUGUGGUACAUCCUUCUACAUUGCGCCCGAGGUCAUCCGCGGCAUUGAAGAGCAAGGUGCCAAGCCGCUCUGCACGAACCAGCUACUUGUCAAGAGCGUGGAUGUGUGGUCUGCCGGUGUAGUAUUCUAUGUGCUUCUCUGCGGCCGGCCCCCGUUUCAUGGUCAGGUGCGCACCGGGCAUGACCGCCGCGACCUCCUCCGCAAGAUUGACCACGGUGUCCUCUUCAAUCCAAAGCACGGAUGGGAUAACAUCUCCGAAGAGGCGAAGAACCUGAUCCUGAAGAUGCUCGACCGAGACACCUCAAAGCGGAUCACCUCUGAGGAGGUGCUGCGACACCCCUUCUUCACUAACCACGGCUAUCUGAAGCCCAUCCCGGCCCCUGACCCGCACUCCCGCAUUGCGCAAAUGCAUCAGCGCUCUCAAAAGACGAAAGUGGUCGCCGUUGUCGCGCAGUCGGACGAGGCCCACGGCACGGCCACGACACCCUUAUCCGUCCCAGAUGGUUCUCAGGGAGCGGCCCCCCCAUCCCCUGCGGGGUCCUUAGGCAAGGUUCACAGCAGCAGCAGCACGGGGAGCUUCCUCACAAGCAUUAAGGACUUCUUCGGUCACCGCUCGAAGCACAUGUCAGACGUCUCGAAGGAGGAUCGGCAGCGCAUGCGCGCUGAGUUGGCAGAGCUACAGGCAGACGUGAUCGCCGAGGAUGACAAGGAGGGCGAAGUGACCUCCUACAAGCCCUCAAUGCCGGUGAAGGAAGCGAAACCCACACGGAUAGCUGUGAUGAACAUGAAGGCAAAGGUGGGUCCCAACGCUCUGCGCAAGUGA